AUGGAGUCUUUAGUGCACCAGUUGCGUGCUGCUGUGAAGUUAUGUCUAGGACACGAUUUUUGUCGCAUUGAUGGAAAAGAUGAACGUUUCUGGUUGGAUUUACACCUUAAAGUUACUAACAGUGUGUUACGCCAAAGAGAGAAAGACGAAUAUUAUUGGCAAGGGCUACAUAAGCUAGUUAACGAGAUGAAGAAUUAUAAAGUAGACGAGAAAAUGAUGCAUUUAAAAGAGGAAGAAAUGGAUCCUAACAAGUUUUCUGAUCAACAUUUAAAUUUGAAUGAGAAAGAUUCAUAUAUUUAUCAGCAUUACCGUUGUUUAGUUGAUCAGGUUUUGCAAAUUAUGAUGGAUGAGUCCAAUAGAACUUAUCACUUUUACCGAUUCGGAUCGCUUCAGCUUUUGCGUGUGUUUUCUUCAAGAGAUGUACCGUAUGAAUUAGUUAUAGAACCUAUUGGUUUCGGACUAUUAGACGCUAUUGAUCGCCCAUCUUAUUUGGUAAAAUCAUUUUAUAAGAUUACGGGCUUUACACUUGACUUAUUCUCUAUACAUUAUAAGAAAGAUUGUACGAAUUGCUUUACCAAUCUUAAUUUGCAAAACUGUGAACUGAAACCAUUUUCAAGUCCUGAAGAAAUAAUUCACUUACAGAAAUUUGGUGAAUACUGUAAAAUCUUAAUUACCGAUGGUCAUAUCGCAGCUUUAUACUUGAUAGUUUACUUUUAUGACCGUUACUAUUUCAUGUCGAACUUUCGUUACUGUAUCGGAACAAAAGCGAUCAUCGUUAAACCAGAUUUAUUAGAUGAUUUUGUAAUUGGAGAGCAUCGAUAA